UCUCGUGUACGAGCGCUAGAGGGACAGUACCCUUCGCCGUGGGUGUGAGUUUAAAUAGUCCAGCCAGCAAAGCUACAGCUGCAUCUACUCGAGGUUAUGCCACGGAGUACCUGAAACUCAGUCCUUCGAAUGACAUCGACAGUUAAGAAAUUGUCUCCUCGGGAAAUGGAUCUAAUGAAGAUAAGUCGUCAGACGGAUGACCUUAAGCAGCCGAAUGGCUUCAAAGAUAAAGAUCCAGACUGCCAAAAUGGUUCGGAGAUGGAGGAAGAACCUUUGCUCCGAGAAAACCCCAGGCGGUUUGUCAUCUUCCCCAUUCAGUACCCCGUCAUCUGGAAGAUGUACAAGCAGGCACAAGCCUCUUUCUGGACGGUGGAGGAGGUGGAUCUAUCCAAAGACCUGGCACACUGGGACCGUUUGAAACCUGAAGAGAAACACUUCAUCUCCCAUGUCCUUGCUUUCUUUGCUGCCAGUGAUGGUAUCGUCAACGAGAACUUGGUGCAGAGGUUCACCCAGGAGGUGCAGGUCCCUGAAGCACGCUCCUUCUACAGUUUCCAGAUCCUCAUAGAGACUGUUCACUCAGAGAUGUAUAGCAUGCUCAUCAACACUUACAUUAGGGACCUGAAGGAGAGGGACUAUUUGUUUAACGCCAUUCAGACCAUGCCUUGUGUGAAACGAAAAGCAGACUGGGCCCUACAGUGGAUAAAUGACAGCAAAUCCACAUUUGGGGAAAGAAUUGUAGCUUUUGCAGCUGUGGAGGGAAUCUUCUUCUCUGGCUCAUUCGCUGCCAUCUAUUGGCUCAAGAAGAGAGGCCUAAUGCCUGGGCUUACCUAUUCCAAUGAGCUGAUUAGCAGGGAUGAGGGCCUGCACUGCACCUUUGCCUGCCUGCUGUAUAGCUACCUGGUAAAAAAGCCAUCAGAGGACAGGGUGAAGGACAUCAUCGCCAAAGCUGUUAGCAUUGAGCAGGAGUUUUUGACAGAGGCCUUGCCAGCGGAUCUCAUUGGAAUCAACUGCUGUCUGAUGAAACAGUACAUCGAGUUUGUGGCUGACCGACUUCUCACUGACCUUGGACUGGCUAAGGUUUACCAAGCGGAGAAUCCAUUCGACUUCAUGGAGUCCAUUUCACUAGAGGGGAAAACAAACUUCUUUGAGAAACGAGUAGGAGAGUAUCAGAGAUUUGGAGUUAUGUCGAGCACGAAAGACUGUGAAUUCACACUGGAUGCAGACUUCUGAAACUGAGAUGACAUUCUGUGACACACUUGUUACCUUUGACCUAUUAAUUUAUUUGUUUUAUGAAGUAGUUGGGGAAAAAAAUAACAACAACAUGUUAAACCUACAUUUGUCGGGGGGGCUGAGAAUUACACUUGGAGUUAAUUAACAGCCAGUAUAUUGGAAUAACGUGAAGCCCUGUUAAUGGCUAUUUCUGACCUUGCCACAGUGCAGAACAGGAAUACAUGAGGCCAGUUUUAGUUCAAUAUAGAUAAUCAGUCAGUUUACAAGGAGUAAACUAUUUUGUACCUCAUUUGACACUUGGAAGAUGGUAAAUAUCUAGAUUAUUAUUUAUUUAGUCUGCGGUACUGGUUUCUUGCUUCUAUGGUGAAAUGUUUUAACAUUUUGUCAUUUUUGAUGUACAAUAAAAUGUUUUGUAAAAUGAAAGUAAUUUGUUAUAAUUACUUUGUGAGGA